AUGGAGCUGCUGAAGCUGAACCGGAGCGUGCCAGCAUCGGGAGCCGGGCCAGGGGCUGCCCUCUGCCGCCCCGGGGCCCCCCUCCUCAACAGCAGUGACACCGGCAACCUCAGCUGUGAGCCGCCUACCACCCGAGGUAACGGGACACGAGAACUGGAGCUUGCCAUUAGGGUCACCCUUUAUGCAGUGAUCUUUCUGAUGAGCGUUGGAGGAAAUGUGCUCAUCAUUGUGGUCCUGGGACUGAGCCGCCGCUUGAGGACCGUCACCAACACCUUCCUGCUCUCACUGGCGGUCAGCGACCUCCUGCUGGCUGUGGCCUGCAUGCCCUUCACCCUCCUGCCCAAUCUCAUGGGCACAUUCAUCUUUGGCACAGUCGUCUGCAAGGCGGUUGCCUACCUCAUGGGGGUGUCAGUAAGUGUGUCCACGUUAAGCCUGGUGGCCAUCGCCUUGGAGAGGUACAGCGCCAUCUGCCGACCACUGCAGGCCCGCGUGUGGCAGACACGCUCCCACGCUGCUCGGGUGAUCAUAGCCACGUGGCUGCUGUCGGGGCUGCUCAUGGUGCCCUACCCCGUAUACACCGUCGUGCAGCCAGUGGGGCCCCGAGUGCUGCAGUGCGUGCAUCGCUGGCCCAGUGCGAGGGUUCGCCAAACCUGGUCGGUACUGCUGCUCCUGCUUUUGUUCUUCAUCCCGGGCGUGGUGAUGGCCGUGGCCUACGGGCUUAUUUCCCGCGAACUCUACUUAGGGCUUCGCUUUGACGGCGACAGUGACAGCGAGAGCCAGAGCCGAGCCCGAAGCCCGGGAGGGUUGCCGGCUGGGGCGGGACCAGGGGUCGCCCUACAGAACGGGCGUUGCCGGCUGGAGACCCGGCUGGGGGGCGAGGACGGCGACGGCUGCUACGUGCAGCUCCCGCGCUCCCGGCCUGCUAUGGAGCUGUCCGCGCUGACGGCGCCCACGCCCGGGCCCGGAUCCUGCCACCGGCCCACCCAGGCCAAGCUGUUGGCGAAGAAGCGCGUGGUGCGAAUGUUGCUGGUGAUCGUCGUGCUUUUUUUCCUGUGUUGGUUGCCCGUGUACAGCGCCAACACGUGGAAGGCCUUCGAUGGCCCUGGAGCGCGCCGAGCACUGUCGGGCGCGCCCAUCUCGUUCAUCCACUUGCUGAGCUACGUCUCGGCUUGUGUCAACCCCCUGGUCUACUGCUUCAUGCACCGUCGCUUUCGCCAGGCCUGUCUCGACACGUGUGCCCGAUGCUGCCCGCGGCCUCCGAGAGCUCGCCCCAGGCCUCUGCCAGACGAGGACCCGCCCACCCCCUCCAUUGCUUCCCUGUCCAGGCUGAGCUACACCACCGUCAGCACGCUGGGGCCUGGCUGA